UCCUUCGCCAUAGGAGUUACCCCUUUGAAUCAAUAAGCCGAGAACGAUAAUCCAUCCGUGAAGUUCGCCGGAGCUAGAUUUUGCUCACCAAUCCCGUCAACAAUGGCAAUGUCUGUUUUCCGUCGCGAAGGGAGGCGCCUCCUUCCUUCGAUCUCUCCUCGCCCAAUCGCCGCCGUUCGAUCCGCCGCUCCAAUCUCUUCUCCCGAGGAUGAUGCCCCUCUUGGAGUCCGCUUUGCCUCUACCCAAGCGGUGAGGAACCGCAUGAAGAGUGUAAAGAACAUCCAGAAAAUUACAAAGGCAAUGAAGAUGGUUGCUGCUUCAAAGUUGAGAGCCGUCGAAUCCAGAGCUGUGAAUUCCCGUGGACUUUGGCAGCCAUUUACCGCACUUCUUGGAGACAUGCCCAGUGUUGAUGUGAAGAAGAGCGUGGUUGUCACUCUCUCUUCUGACAAGGGUCUCUGUGGUGGGAUUAACUCCACUUCUGUUAAAGUGAGCAAGGGUCUUUACAAGCUGUCUUCUGGUCCUGAGAAAGAAGUGAAAUAUGUCGUUGUGGGAGAGAAAGCAAAAGCUCAGUUGAUACGUGACUCAAAGCAACACAUUGACCUUUCCAUAACGGAUGUGCAGAAGAAUCCGCUGAACUACACCCAGGUUUCUGUCCUGGCCGACGAGAUCCUGAAGAACGUGGAGUUUGAUGCUUUACGAAUUGUCUUCAACAAGUUCCACUCGGUGAUGUCGUUUCUGCCAACUGUGUCCACCAUUUUGUCUCCCGAGAUGGUUGAGAAGGAGGCUGAAGCCGGAGGAAAGCUCGGUGAGCUCGAUUCAUAUGAGAUCGAAGGUGGUGAAACAAAGGGUGAAAUACUCCAAAAUCUGGCUGAGUUCCAGUUCUCUUGUGUAAUGUUCAAUGCGGUGCUAGAGAAUGCUUGCAGUGAGAUGGGAGCCAGGAUGUCUGCCAUGGACAGCUCCAGCAGAAACGCCGGAGACAUGCUUGACCGUCUCACCCUCUCUUACACCCGGACUCGUCAAGCUUCUAUCACAACAGAACUUAUCGAGAUUAUAUCGGGAGCAUCUGCACUUGAGGAAAAACACUGAGCCCAAUCCCUGUCUUUUCUUUUUCUUUUGCCCUCUUUAAUCUCUCGCCUGAUGAUGAAGAAGAAGAGUAACAUUAUAACUCUCAAGACACCCAUCUUUUUGCCCAGAGAUGUCAAUAAUCUGUCCCUGGAAAUUGAGCAGGACAUGGAUAACUGGUGAUUUCACAUUUUGCUUUUGAUCUCA